GCCAGCAGCACCUGCCCUCACACCCCAACUACACCAGCAGAUUGACCAGCACAGCACCUCAGCACACCCGUCAAGGUAAGCAACUUGGCUACCGCCUUAGUAAAUCAUCCAGAUAGACAGUUUGUUUAGUUUCUCACCAAUGGCUUCUCCCAUGGUUUCCACCCAGGCAUAGCAAUACUUCCUGACACAUCUCACAUCUGCCACAACCUUCAGUCCGCUUUAACAGAACCUCACACCGUCGACACCUUACUGGCCAAAGAAGUCAAAGAAGGAUUCAUGAUAGGCCCAUUCGAUAGUCCCCCCUUUCCAGUGUUCCGCAUCAGUCCAAUAGGCAUAGCUACUAGGAAAUACUCCGGGAAAAAGAGGCUCAUAAUAGACCUGUCUUCUCCACACGGCUCAGCCAUCCCGAGCAUUAACAGCGUCAUUCCAAGCCCAGACUUUUCGAUGCAAUACGCAAACAUCGACCACGCCAUCACCCUCAUCCGCUCAGCAGGCUGCGGAGCAUGGCUCUCUAAGGCAGACAUCACCAGUGCAUUCAAGAUCUUGCCUAUUCACCCAGACUUCUGGCGUUUCUUCGGAGUGUACUGGAAGGGAGCCUAUUACUUCUCAGUACGCCUCAUAUUCGGCUGCAGAAGCAGUCCCAAAAUCUUUGAUUCCCUUUCAGAAGCUCUGUGCUGGAUCUUGACAAACAACCACAGACUCCCCUAUGUGCUCCAUCUUCUUGACGACUUUCUCAUCGUCACUCCACCAUCCUCACCCUCCUGCCACGGGCUGAGCACACUCAUACAAAAAUGUUCAGACCUUGGCAUCCCUCUGUCUGAAGAGAAAACCUCAGGGCCUAAAACCUCUAUUGAGUUUCUAGGCAUCACCCUGGACUCAAUGUCUUUCCAGGCUUCUCUACACUCAGAAAAAGUACAGCACAUCACUCUCCUCACGAAACGGCAGCUGUUAGCCCUCCUCAGCCACCUAAAUUACGCCAUCCGCAUAAUACCUCAAGCAAAACCCUUCUUGUCCAACCUGCUGAAAAGAGCGGCGUCAGUUCCCUCCAUCAACUAUCGACUAGUUCUCGACGACACAUGCAAAAUGGAAAUGCACCUUUGGCAGGAUUUCUUGUCCUCGUGGAACGGAUCUUUCUUUUAUGAUGACUUCAUUACCAAACCCGAGGAUAUCCAACUCUUCACUGACGCAGCCCCCUCCAUAGGCUUCGGCGGCUACUAUGCAGGGAGAUGGUUCUCAUCCACCUGUCCCCCAGAGUUCACAGCUCUCAAUUCACAGACGCUUUCUCCUUCAUCCGCACUUCACGAACUAUAUCCCAUCAUCAUAGCUGCCAUUCUUUGGGGGCAUGAAUGGUCUAGGAAAGCUAUACUCAUCCACACCGAUAACAGCGCAGUCGUAGAGAUCCUUAACAAAGGCCGAUCUCGCUCCCUAGCCAUCAUGCAGUUCCUCCGCAGACUCACCUUAAUCUCUGCCCAACACCAGUUCAUCCUCAAAGCAGCACACAUCCCAGGUCAUGAGAAUGGCAUCGCUGACUCUUUGUCUCGUUUCCAAUUUCAGAAAUUCAGAUACUUGGCCCCAGAGGCGGAUCUCCAUCCCAUACCAGUCCCACCGUUUUCAGCCACCACCUUCAACUAAACCCACAACUGGAACUACUCUCACACGCUUCACGGGAAGCCAUCCUCAACAGCCUUGCCCCAAGCACCUUGUCAGCCUAUCUCACCGGCUGGAAUUGCUUUAAGGCAUAUCACGGCGCAUACCAGCUACCAUUCCCCACUCUGGACGUCAUAUCCGUCUGCAAUUUCAUUACUCACGCUCAUUCCAUCCGUAAGUGCCGGACAUCCACCAUUCAGACAUACUUAAUAAUAAUAAUAAUAUAUUUUAUUUAUAAGCGCACUUUUCAUUUGCGUAAACAAAACUCAAAGUGCUACAAAAUUAAAAAUUAAAAAGUGUUGGAGUCAGAGUGGUUUUAAAACCCACCUCGGCUCCGCGUGUUCGUUUGGUGAGCAUCUUGUAAAAUCAUAAAGGAAGGAAUUCAAAGCACCAGAUACAGGGUUAAACAAUAAUCUGUUUUAAUGAUAAAAGGUAAGAAUACAUUACACUUCUCAAAGGGGUAGGCCCACCCCCUGCUCUGGUCCAAAUGCCGGGAGAACCUCAUCGUCUUGACGGCAGGAGGAAAGAGACCGGACACAAGGACUCAACAGGAGAUAUUGUAAAAACAAGGGAGGAGCUGUAUGGAUGCUACCCCCAUACAGGUAAUCUAUUGGCCCAUAUAUAAACGAUGGGCUUUCGUAGCGUAUCAGCGCGCACAUACCGCACAUCUGGUAUUUCUGCAGCUUUCACACACACACAUUCUUCAGACUUCCCUCUCUGCUCCCCUCCCCCAUCUAGUCUCCUGUCCUGCACAACUGCAUCUUAUUUCACAUAGAGUAAUUUAAGCACAUUUAAGCCUACUUCUUCACAAUGUUGUGGCAAUUUAGUACUCACAACAUGAAAGAAUCAAACAGAGAAGUCAAUAGAAUGCAAACACCAGUAUAAUUGAGCAGUUAUUAUACUGCAACGCACACACAUUCUACCCUCUGCUGUCUAUAGCAUAUGUCUAUAUAAGGAUAUUUAGUUUUCACUCCUCAUGU